AUGAUCCCGCGAAUCUUGCUGGGUUUUUUCCUGUUGGCCUCGUCACUGCAAGCCGUGAACGAAGCCGAUUUGACGCUUCAGCUCGUGCAGAUUGUGUGGCGACAUGGGGAUCGAAAUCCCACUGAUCCCUACCCCGGCGACCCCUACGACCAAGCGUUUUGGGAGAAACGAGGAGGAUACGGCGAGUUGACCACGAGAGGCAUGGCGAUGCACGUUCGUCUCGGAGAUGCCUUGAAAACUCGAUACAAAGACUUUUUGAGUCAACGCUAUAAUGCGCAUGAGAUUUACAUCCGUUCCACGGACGUCAACCGGACCAUCAUCUCGGCCAUGUCAAAUUUGAUCGGGAUGUACUCGCAGGAUAAUUCUACAGUACCCGGCGAGGAUUAUCCGGAUUUUAGCAACGAGAAAUACUAUUGGCCAACCGGAUUCCGCCCGAUUGCUAUCCACACCGUUGAUGAUAAUACCGAUUACCUCGGAAACGCUAAUGCUUACUGCCCGCGUCAAGAUGCGCUCUGGAAACUGGCCUACGACAAUUGCCCGGAAGUGAAGGCGCUGAUCAACGAGCCGGGGACGCAACAACUAAUCGAAACGCUGCGCCAAGCCGUCAACAUCACCUAUAAAGUGGACGAUUUGUGGAUGAUCCACGAUGUGCUUUUCAUUGAGAACGUUAACAAACUGGAAAUGCCCAAAUGGUGGUCGCAACAGUUGAUGGACAAUCUGACGAAGAUCAACAACCGUCUGGAGGACAUGCAGGAUGGAAUAGGCCUUUCCCCGUUCAACGGGAUCGACUUUUCCGUCGAGUUGCCAAAGUUGCGCGUCGGGGCUCUCACGAAUGACAUGCGAAUGCACAUGAAUCUGAAGCUCGCCUGCCAGGGCCAAACCACGCGAAAUUGCACGUGGAUGAAUCGACUAAAGUAUUUCGCGUAUUCGGCUCACGAUGAGACGAUCGCCAGCUUCUUGGCGACAAUGGGCAUCAAGGAUGAUGUGGUCCCCGAUGGAUAUCCGCUAUAUUCUUCGGCGGCCAUGGUCGAGCUGUAUCAGGACAAGACCGGAAAGCCGUACUUUAGGUUAAUGUACCACCAAGGAGACCAACUCGAGCCGCCCUUCGAAACCAUCACCAAAUACGUAAAAGGAUGCGGCGGAGGGGAUUUCUGCGAUGUGGACGUUUUCCGGAAACAGGCCGACCUGUACAACCCAGGCGACGCCGCCAAGCUGUGUCAAAACCUCAGUUUCCUACAAGGCUCCACCGCCCAACCGCCGCAGCCCACCACCACUAAAACCAGCUCGGGCUUCUCAUUUGGGAUUUUAACCCUGCUCGCUUUCCUGCACGCUCAACUUCUCCGC